UCAAUUCAGACCUGGAUUGGGACUUCUUUUCAACCAAUCCAGGCCUGAAAAUUUGUUGGUUUGUGGGUCUCAAGGCAAUUAACUUUUUGUGAUCAAUGGCAAAUGUUCCGGUGGAGCUCUCAAGAAACAUACCAUGCUCUCUCUCAAGAUCAAGAUCCCAGCGUUACGUAACCAUAGUCUUCAUACUUGCUCUUUUCCUCCUCGUAGCAGCAAUUCUCACCAAAAACUCCCCGGCCGCCGCCGCUUCAAAUCUUGCUUCUCGGCUUCUCUCCAGAUCAGGUUCCACUUUUUAUUUCUAUCCCACCACCACCACCACUACUUCCUCCUUGGAAACCCAUAUUGAAUCUCCCCCUAACCCACAAAGCAACCAUAGUCAUGUCGAUAGUAAUAUAACAACAACAACAGCUAGUGUUGUUCAUAACAACACAAAUAGCAGUAGCGAUGGCAAAGCUCCCAAUUCAAGAAAGACAAAGAUCCCUCCACAGCUACCAAAGAAGCACAGCGAUGUCAAUGUCAAUGUGCCUUCCCCUUCCCCUUCGCCUUCGCGUUCAUCUCCGUCAUCGCCUUCGCCUUUGUCUUCGCCUUCGACUUCACCUUUAUCUUCAUCUUUGCAUUCGCCUUCACCUUUGUCUUCGCCUUCGACUUCACCUUUAUCUUCGCCUUCACCUGCCACAUCGCCUUCGCCUGCCCCCGCCAUGGAAGUUGAAAGAUCAAAGACCGAUGUGGUUAAAGACAUGAAAUCUUGUGAUAUAUUUGAUGGUAACUGGGUUGUCGAUAAUGGACCCCCUGCCUACCAACCUGGUUCAUGUGCAUACGUCGAAGAAGCCUUCAAUUGCUUUGAAAAUGGACGGGUAGAAGAUAAUUUCCUCCGAUAUCGAUGGCAACCACGUCGGUGUCAAAUUCCAAGGUUGGAUGGAAAAGAGAUGUUAGAUAUGUUAAGAGGGAAGAGACUGGUUUUUGUAGGUGAUUCAUUGAAUCGGAACAUGUGGGAAUCUCUCGUCUGUUUUCUAAGGGAGUUUGUGAUGGAUAAAAAAACAGUUUUUGAAAUUUCAGGGCGGGUUGACUUCAAGACCCAAGGGUUCGAUGCCUUUAGAUUCGAAGAAUAUAAUUGUUCAGUCGAGUUUAUCCGAUCACCAUUCUUAGUGGAAGAAUGGGAAUUCACUGAUAACAAGACUGGAGCUCGGAAGGAGACGCUUAGGCUCGACCAAAUUGAAGAGUCGAAGGCCUUUAAAUACCAACAUGCCGAUGUGCUAAUCUUCAACACAGCCCACUGGUGGACGCAUCCAAAAACUACUGAGGGCAAGGAUUACUACCAAGAAGGUAAUCGGGUAUACAGCAAGCUCCAAAUGACAGAAGCAUAUACAAAGGCCCUACACACUUGGUCUAAAUGGAUAGAUGCUAAUAUUGAUGCUAACAAAACCACAGUCUUCUUCCGAGGUUACUCAUCUUCUCAUUUUCAAGGAGGGCAAUGGAACUCCGGAGGGAGUUGCGAAUUCGAGACAACACCGAUAACAAAUGAUUCUUACCUUAAACCAUACCCUGAGAUUAUGAAUGUGUUGGAGUCUGUUCUUGGGGAGAUGAGAACACCAGUGUUAUACCUCAAUAUAACAAGAAUGACAAAUUACAGGAAAGAUGCCCAUCCAGCAAUUUUCAGGGAUGCCCAGAAUCAUAGACAACCAGGAAUGAUACAAGACUGCAGCCACUGGUGUCUUCCUGGAGUUCCAGAUGUCUGGAAUCAGAUGCUUUAUGCCCUUCUUCUCACAACCCAUCAUAAUCCCCAAUACAAUUCUUCUUGAAAUUUUGCUUUUCUAAGAGAUUCUUUUUGUAGUUUUUGUGUAUAUUCUAUUACUUUAAUCAUAAUUAUAAGUGAA